AUGGAGUUCACCUCAAGAAGCCGUCGGCUCUCGUGCUUCCUCCUCCUGGCAGUGUGCGCCGUCGUCCUACUAGUGCCGGCGGCGGCCGCGCCUCGCCGGCUGCUGCAGACGUGCCCGGGGCAGGACUUCGACGUGCCCCACGCGCACCUCCGCGCGCGGAACAACGUGAAGCCACUCAAGUACACGGAGGAGAUCUCCGCGAGGCCGGCGCGACAUGGCUACCCAGCGACGCGGUCGCCGCGUGGGCCGAGGAGGAGGAGCACUACGACUACCGCUCCAACUCCUGCUCCACCGGCAAGGCGUGCGGCCGCUACACGCAGAUGGUGUGGCGGGACAGCAAGGAGUUCGGAUGCGCCAUCGUCCAGUGCGACUCCGGGGACACGCUCAUGGCGUGCCACUACGAUCCGCAGGGCAACGUCAUGGGACAGAAGCCGUUCUGAUCGCCGGCCGCCGGCCAUCACCGGAGCGCCGGGAGCUACCAUACCGGCAGUGCGCGUCCAUGAAGCCAGUAUACCACACCGUUUCUAG